AUGGAGAGGCAGAGGCACUUUGUGCUAGUCCAUGGAGCCUGCCACGGAGCAUGGUGUUGGUAUAAGGUGGCAACUUUGCUUAAAUCAGCUGGUCACCGAGUUACAGCUCUGGACAUGGCUGCUUCUGGGGUCCACCCUAAGCGGGUAGACGAGCUCCAAUCGAUCUCAGACUAUUUUGAGCCAUUGAUGAAAUUCAUGGCAUCUUUGGUACCAGAAGAAAGGGUGAUUCUAGUGGGUCACAGCAGGGGUGGACUGAGUAUAUCUGUUGCAAUGGAAAGGUUCCCUGAGAAAAUUUCUUCUGCAGUCUUUGCAGCAGCUAUCAUGCCAGGUCCUGACUUCAGCUUCACAUCUGCAAGUGAAGAGAUCUUUUAUGCUUGCUACAUUGGAUAUCCAUAUGAUGGUAGCUUUUUCUAUACAAGCCAGCAAAUUAGAUUGGCAAAAUUGUCUGGGUUAGAGAUGGACCUUAAGCUUGAUCUUUUCUUCUUUUCAACCUUGUUGGGCAACUCAAAAAAAGUGGGGGUUACGAAGGAGAAAUAUGGAUCCAUUCCUCGAGCUUAUAUCGUGUGUGAUGAAGAUGUCAUAAUAAAGGAAGCUUUACAGAGAUGGAUGAUUGAAAAUAAUCCACCUGAUGAAGUAAUGGUUGUCCCUGGUUCUGAUCACAUGCUCAUGUUUUCUAGACCUCAAGAGACGUGCUCUUGCCUCCUGGAGAUUGCCAAGAAAUACUUCUGA